GAGUUGUGAUGUCAACAGAUGCAUUGAGCUGUGGACAUGGAACUUCCAGUCUUUUUAAUUACAAAACGUUGUUUUUGGGGUUAAAUGCACUGGUCUGAAAAUGCACGGUGUUAACCAUAAAGUUGUGUUGCUGUCCUUUUUGCUGUUAUUUGUUAAUCCGUGCACGCCAGAGCAAGCCGAGAGGGAAAACUCGUUGGACCUGCAUGAGAGAGAUGACGACGGAGGGGAUGUGCACCAUGCUCAAGUUGAAAACCAGCAAACAUUAGUAACAAACAAUAAAGAAGAUGGACACGAUUCAAUCGGCCCACAGAAGGAUGGACACUCUGUCAGCAAGUCCAAUGACACCGAUAACUACGUCAAUGAGACCCUCCACUCUACAACACCUGCUGUCAAGCCGACGACCCCGGCACCCCCAACCGUCAAGCCCAUUCUGCCUGUACAGACAGGGGUCAAGGCCCAGGAAGAAGAGCAGUCUAGCGGGCUGACCAUAUUCUUCAGCCUGCUGGUUAUUGGUAUCUGCAUCAUAUUGGUGCACCUGCUUAUCAAGUUCAAACUGCAUUUUCUCCCAGAGAGUGUGGCUGUCGUGUCCCUUGGAAUUCUAAUGGGAGGCUUCAUUAAGAUCAUUGAGUUCCAGGAACUGGCCAACUGGAAGGAGGAGGAAAUGUUCCGACCCAACAUGUUCUUCCUUUUGCUCCUGCCUCCCAUCAUCUUUGAAUCUGGAUACUCUUUACACAAGGGUAACUUCUUCCAGAACAUUGGCUCCAUUACUCUCUUUGCUGUGAUCGGCACAACUAUCUCUGCCUUCAUAGUCGGAGGAGGUAUCUAUUUUCUUGGGCAGGCUGAUGUGAUUUAUAAGAUGUCUAUGACUGAUAGCUUUGCCUUUGGCUCCCUGAUCUCCGCUGUAGACCCUGUAGCUACCAUCGCCAUCUUUAACGCCCUCAACGUGGACCCGGUCCUCAACAUGCUGGUGUUCGGUGAGAGCAUCCUUAACGACGCCGUCUCCAUUGUCCUCACAAACACGGCGGAGGGCUUUUCCCGCUCAGACAACUCGAUGGUAACAGGAUGGGAGACGUUUUGGCAAGCAAUGGGUUAUUUCCUUAAAAUGUUUUUUGGUUCUGCUGCUCUGGGAACCCUCACUGGACUCAUCUCGGCUCUUUUUCUGAAACACUUUGAUCUGAGGAAGACUCCUUCACUGGAGUUUGGUAUGAUGAUCAUCUUUGCGUACCUGCCCUAUGGCCUGGCAGAAGGCAUCAAACUGUCUGGAAUAAUGUCCAUCCUGUUUGCGGGAAUUGUGAUGUCACACUACACCCAUCACAACUUGUCUCCUGUCACACAGAUCCUCAUGCAGCAGACACUGCGCACAAUGGCAUUCAUGUGUGAGACAUGUGUGUUUGCCUUCCUUGGUCUCUCCAUCUUCAGCUUCCCUCAUAAGUUUGAAUUAUCUUUCGUGAUCUGGUGCAUAGUCCUGGUUCUUCUCGGCCGUGCAGUAAACAUCUUCCCUCUGACAUUCCUGCUGAACUUUUUCAGAGACCACAAGAUCACACCCAAAAUGAUGUUCAUCAUGUGGUUUAGUGGUUUGCGAGGUGCUAUCCCCUACGCGUUGAGCCUUCAUCUGGGCCUGGAGCCCAUUGAGAAACGUCAACUAAUUGGUACCACCACCAUCAUCAUCGUUCUCUUUACCAUCCUUCUCAUGGGCGGCGGGACCAUGCCACUCAUUCGCAUCAUGGACAUUGAGGAAAGCCAGUCGAGGCGUAAGAGCAAGAAAGACAUCAAUCUCAGCAAGACGGAGAAAAUGGGUAAUACCAUUGAGUCAGAGCACCUAUCAGAACUAACGGAGGAGGAGUACGAGGCUCAUAUCUACCAGAGACAAGAUCUGAAGGGCUUUAUGUGGCUUGACGCUAAAUACCUUAACCCCUUCUUCACUCGCAGGCUCACCCAAGAGGACUUGUUACAUGGCCGAAUCCAAAUGAAGACCCUUACCAACAAGUGGUACGAAGAAGUUCGCCAGGGACCCUCAGGCUCGGAAGAUGACGAUGAUGAAGCAGAACUUCUGUGAACUGAACAAACGCUUUGUGUGUAUGCCCUCUUUUCAGUGUCAGUCACAUGCACUUCUUGUUAGUUCACCUGCCACCAACUUUAUGUGACAGAGAAGUCUCAGUCAGUGCCCACAGAGCAUUUGUAGUACACAAAGUGGGCUGGCAUGUGUCAAAUCACAGUGGAGUGCCAGUAAAAAUAAUAGGGACAUUUUCUAUGUGAUGCAAUACUCCAGCACCUUUUCAAUUUUUCUCUUCACUUUUGUAUUUGUUAAGUCUUUAUGUGGCACUACGUUUUACUUUGGGUCAGGGGAAGGAUGAAACAUAAUGUCGCUACAGGCUCGAUUUUUAAAGAGGGAUUUAUAAUACGCCACAGGUUGCUGCUUUGAAUAGCUUCCUGUUGAACCAAAUUUAAUUCUCUCCGGCUCUUCACAUUUUGUAUGAAUGAAUGAUUCUGACUGUUGACUCAUAUAUUCAUACAUAGGUAAUGAAAAGAAAGUACCAGAAGUGAUGCAAGAGCUACCCCUACACCCUCCAGCAAAGACGCAAACAAAGAGAAUUGCAGGAGAGAGUUAAAGCUAAUGAAAUGCCUUGGAUAAAACUAAUAACUUUCAAAACUUUAAACAUCUAGCUUACAGGAGGAUAGUUACGCUCCAGGAAAUUGGAAAUGGCCUUCAUUUCCAAUUAUGGUUUGUUUGGUUUCCCUAAAUUGACUUUUCUGUGUUUAUUGUCAGUCUCUGGCACGCCACUAUAUAAUGUAGAACUUGCAAUGUUGCUUUUGUGAUAUUUUUUUUAUUUUUAUUUUUUUUCUCACUAUGAAUUUCUAAUGAAGAUAGGCACCAAUGAAUGUGUGGGUAAAUGGAAAUAAUGUUUUGUGAAUGUAAUCUAUUUUGUUCUAUUUAUUUAUGAAAUGUUUGUGGGAUCAAGGGUUGUAUACAAGCUCCAUGAGCUGCUGAAUUAUAGAAAACAAAUCUAUAAUAAAAUGUAUUGACAUUU